AUGUCGAACCCAAGAAUAGAAGAGCUCCCUGAUGAUGAGCCCGACAAGAAGGCAGCAGCAGAAGAUGCCUCCAGCUCGUCUGACUCUGAACCCGAGGCCGCUGCUGAAGGAGAAGCCAAUAUUCCUGCUGGUUCUGCGGUCGCAGUCCACAGCCGAAACGAGAAAAAGGCGAGAAAGGCAAUUGGCAAGCUGGGCUUGAAGCAUGUUCCGGGAAUUACACGAGUUACGUUGAGGAGACCAAAAGGAAUCCUCUUCGUCAUCUCCAACCCUGAUGUCUACCGAUCGCCAACCAGCAACACCUGGAUUAUUUUCGGCGAGGCUAAGAUUGAAGAUCUUAACUCACAAUCCCAAGCCGCUGCUGCUCAGCAACUCGCAGCCGCCGAGGCAGCCAAUGCAGAUCACGCCGGCCACGACCACGGACCGGAGAACGGCAAGGGCAAGGCGGUUGAAGACAAGAAGGCAGAGGAUGAAGAAGAUGAUGAGGAAGAGGUUGACGAUAGCGGUCUCGAGGCCAAAGACAUUGAACUUGUCAUGACCCAAGCAUCCGUCUCGAGGAAGAAAGCUGUUAAAGCUCUGAAGGAGAACAACAAUGACAUAGUCAACUCUAUCAUGGCGCUGAGUGUAUGA